AUGGCGUCAUCAGCUGCACCUGCUCCCGCACACGAUCUUGAGUUUGAUCACGAGGUUGACGAUGACUUUGAUCCUGUCUUUCCCUCUGGUUUUGAUCCUGACCAGGAUAUUGAGUUCAUUCACCUGGAUCAGCCCCUAGAGGAGCCUGUAGCCCCUAUCGAUCCUUUGUUUGACGAUCCAACUGAUUUUGAUAUGGAUUUUGUUGACCCGGAGCCUGUCAUGGCCCCUGAGCCAGUCGUUGCUCCUGAUCCUGCAUUAGAGCAUGACCCUGUUCAUGACGAUGCACCCGCAGUUGCUCCUUUUGUUGAUGAUAUACUCAUUGCCGAUCAUCCUGUUGUUGCUCCACCGUUGGUGGAUGAUCAUGUUGUUGAUGAUCCUGUUGACGCUCCACUCUUGAUAGAGGAUCCUGUUGUUGCACCAUUUCCUGAUCCUAUGCCGGUGCUGUUCGACCAUGCACCUUUUGCUACCCAUAUAGAUCCACGUUACGCCGACACCCGUAACGGGUGGAUCGAUGACGAUGACGAUUACCCACCAUUCGUGUUACCUGUUACACCUCCAGCAGCCCCUGUUUUAGCCCCUGUUUUAGCACCCGUUUCAGCACCCAUUUCAGCACCCACUGAUAUCCCACUGAUUCCGCCACACACCACAGAUGCUCAUUGCACAUAUCUUCCUGUUACGUUCCUUCAGGACAUACCGCCACCGCGUCCUGGAGAGGGGUCAUCUAGGCAGCCGCCUGUUCCUGCUCCACCCAUGCUAUCAUCACCUUUUCCCUUCACACCACAGUUUCCCACUGUUACAACAUCUACUGCACCAUCCUUCACCCCGUCUAACAUCAUGCCUUCUUCAUCAGACACUGGAGUUUCAGACACCUUAGAUCCCAUGGCGAUAGUAUCAGAUGACAGAGUUUCGUCAGAGCGAGAGGUCUACACUUCCGACACCACCAGUACCGAUGACGCCGAUUUCCAGCCCUUUGCGCUGCCUGACGUCGGAGCCGAGCCUGCUGAUGGCCUUCCUGUCGGGGACUUACCACUUGCGGUGAUCCUUGCUCCUGUACCACUUGCUGCUUAUCCAGUCGUAGAUAUGCCACUCGAUGUCGUUUCUGACGACGAUGUCGAUCUGUUUGAGGAGGACCCACCUGAGACUGACCUUGAGGGCGGGGCACCUAUUGCUGCUGAUGUCAUCUUACCCAUUGCUGAUGCUCCUGCAGAGGAGGGAGUGCAGCAUCACUCUCACGACGCCGACCCUGACAUGGCGUCAUCAGCUGCUCCUGCUCCCGCACACGAUCUUGAGUUUGAUCACGAGGUUGACGAUGACUUUGAUCGUGUCUUUCCCCCUGGUUUUGAUCCUGACCAGGAUAUUGAGUUCAUUCACCUGGAUCAGCCCCUAGAGGAGCCUGUAGCCCCUAUCGAUCCUUUGUUUGACGAUCCAACUGAUUUUGAUAUGGAUUUUGUUGACCCGGAGCCUGUCAUGGCCCCUGAGCCAGUCGUUGCUCCUGAUCCUGCAUUAGAGCAUGACCGUGUUCAUGACGAUGCACCCGCACCCGCAGUUGCUCCUUUUGUUGAAAGGGUUUCGUUAGAUUUUUUACCGGCCAAAAUUUAUCUUUGA